AUGACGGGAAAAGCGGGGGAAACGCUGAGCAAGCCCAAAUCCGAGGCAGUGGCCAAGAGUACCUCGGGGGGCGCCCCGGCCAGGUGCACAGGGUUCGGCAUCCAGGAGAUCCUAGGCUUGAACAAGGAGCCUGCCAGCUCCCACCCACGGGCUGCCCUCGACGGCCUGGCCCCCGGGCACUUGCUGGCUGCGCGCUCGGUGCUCAGCCCGGCAGGAGUGGGCGGCAUGGGGCUGCUGGGACCCGGGGGGCUUCCCGGCUUCUACGCGCAGCCCACCUUCCUGGAAGUGCUGUCCGAUCCGCAGAGCGUCCACUUGCAACCACUAGGCAGAGCGUCGGGGCCGCUGGACACCAGCCAGACGGCCAGCUCGGAUUCCGAAGACGUCUCCUCCAGUGACCGAAAAUUGUCCAAAUCGACUUUAAACCAGACCAAGAAACGCAAGAAGCGGCGACACAGGACAAUCUUUACCUCCUACCAACUAGAGGAGCUGGAGAAGGCAUUCAAUGAAGCCCACUACCCUGAUGUCUACGCCCGGGAGAUGCUGGCCAUGAAAACGGAGCUGCCAGAAGACAGGAUACAGGUGUGGUUCCAGAACCGCAGAGCCAAGUGGAGGAAGCGAGAGAAGUGCUGGGGCAGGAGCAGCGUCAUGGCCGAGUACGGGCUCUACGGGGCCAUGGUGCGGCACUCCAUCCCCCUGCCUGAGUCCAUUCUCAAGUCGGCCAAGGACGGCAUCAUGGACUCCUGUGCCCCGUGGCUACUGGUUCAAGAUGGCUUUCCCAGGCGCUUUUCUAAACCCGAAUACCAACAAUUCUUUUUAGGGAUGCACAAAAAGUCGCUGGAGGCGGCAGCUGAGUCGGGAAGGAAGCCCGAGGUGGAACGGCAGAGCCUGCCCAAGCUCGACAAGAUGGAGCAGGAGGAACGGGGCCCGGAUGCCCAGGCAGCCAUCUCCCAGGAGGAACUGAGGGAAAACAGCAUUGCCGCCCUCCGAGCCAAAGCUCAGGAGCACAGCACCAAGGUUCUGGGGACUGUGUCGGGGCCGGACAGCCUGGCCAGGAACGCUGAGAAGCCGGAAGAGGAGGAAGCCAUGGACGAAGACAGGCCCGCAGAGCAGCUCAGUCCGCCCCAGCUGGAGGACAUGGCCUAACUCAAGAGGAGCUGGCUCUGGAGCCCCGGAACUCUGCUCCUCUCGGGCCUGUGGUGCAGGGAAUUCUCUCCGAGGCAAGGCCAGGGCUGGCCUCUGUCUGUCUUUCCUACACCACAGGCUCUCUAUUACCCCAUCAACUCUAGGCACGGGCCAGUGCUGGCCAUCGCGUUGGACCAUGCUGACACAGUCUCCUCCUGUAUCGCUCUCUUCCUCGUCCUAACAGCCUGCCUCUGGAGCCGUCUUGCCACCCUUGGUGACUCUGGUUGUCCCAGCCUACCCCUUGCUGUCUGCUCCCUAGUUUUCCCUCGCAGCCUCGUGGACUCCACCAGCCCAUGCCUAAAGCCUGUUGCUGUGCGCCCACAGCCUGGCACAGCUGUGACUUGGUCCUGAGCACCCCGGAACUCAGGUCCCCUCCCGCUCCAUCGAUUCCUUUUAGCAGGCCUGGACCUUAGGUCCGGCUGUGUGAAUAUAUUGCUCUACUGGUCCGUGUGUAACCUCUGCAUAUUCUGCCCUGAUGACCAGAUUCAAGACUAAACGGGCAAGUCUCAGACUGGGGUCCUCCCCCACCCUGUCUCAUGCCAUGCUGCGGACCAUCCUCAGGCGCUUGCUCAUAACCAGCCUGCCCUAUAGGUUCCUCCACGGAGGUGGGCAACACCGAUAAGCACCAAUGCAUAGACCCUGCAUCCUGCGAGAGGGGGCACUUCUCCCCAACGCUGUGGCUCAAACCCUUACCCAGAGCUCUUGCGCCCCAGGGCCUGUGUUUCUGAAGCAUUCUGACUCUUCUGCCUGUGACUUUGAUCUGCUGUGUAAGGCUUCCUUCUGCUAGAGAGUCUUGUAACCCAGUGGUUCUCAGCCUUCCUAAUGCUACAACCCUUUAAUACAGUUCCUCAUGCUGUGGUGACCCCCAAUCAUAAAACUAUUUCGUUGCUACUUC